AAAAAAAAAGAUCCGCGUGGACAACAAUCCGUUUUGGAAUAUCGUGAGUUAUUAUGUCGGAUUAAUGUCGCGGCGGACACACACUCGGUGUGUUCCGGUUGGCAAAAGGAUGCCAUCUUGAACGGUUGUGCAGCAAAGCGGGAUCCUGCAGGGACCUGUUCAUGGCCUCUACAAAGACCCGGCACAGCAUGGUGUUCCUGAAGGACGGGGCCAGUGCCCCGGCGGCGGCGGCAGGCGACCCUGUGUGCCUCGCCGCUCUGAGGCCCGAGAAGGUGAAGAGGAGCGGGACGGCUCCGAGCACCCGUGUGUUCGGCGACGGGGCGGGCUUCAAACAUAACACGUACACGGUCAAAGGGGCCUUGGCGAGGACGGACAAAAACCUUCCCGCGGGUCCGAACGGCGACUCGACGUCGCCCGUCAGCAUCUGCAGGGGCGUCAGAGUGACGUUGGACAACAGCAGCAUGUGGAACGAGUGCUUCAGGUGCAGGACGGAGAUGAUUCUGACUCAGCAAGGCAGCAGGAUGUUCCCCUACUGCCGCUUUCGCAUCUCAGGCCUGCAGCCGUGCAGGAAGUACGCUCUGCUCAUGGACAUCCAGCCUUUGGACAACAGUCAGUACAGGUGGACCGGUGAGAGCUGGCAGGUGUCCAAGAAGGCCGAGAGUCAAAUCAGGACUAAUCCUUUCGUUCACCCGGAGUCCCCCGCUACGGGUCAGCACUGGAUGCAGAGUCCGGUGUCCUUCUACAAACUAAAACUCACCAACAAUGUCUCAGACGAAGAGGGGAACAUCAUCCUCCAUCCACUACACCGCUACUUACCCAGACUGCACCUGGUUGAGACGGACAAAGCUAAUGACGUAAGACUGAACGGUCCCAACGUCCUCACCUUCUCUUUCCCUCAGACUGAGUUCAUGACGGUCACUACGUACCAGAACCCUCAGUUCGCCCAGCUGAAGGUCAACUUCAACCCGUUCGCUAAAGGGCUGAAGGACGACGGGUUGAACUCACUGGUUCUGAAACCUAAAACCAAUUCAGGCCGAGAGGUGAACAAAGAUGGAGGCUCCGCGCUCCCCGAGCAGCAUCCUGUGAAGAAAAGCCUGAAGUUCUUGCUAGCCAACCACAAACCUAAAGGCUCGAAAGCCGGGGACGCAAAACCCACAGCACCUAAAGAGAUUCAGAUAAAUGUGGCUAAAACUGAUCAUUCUGCUGCUCCGGGAGGAAGUGCAAGCAGCGUCUCACGUCCGGCUCAGAAGUUAAUUUCGGAGCUGAUCUGUGAAGCUCACGUGUCACUGCAGAGGUGCAGUUUGGAUCACGGCUCGUCUGUCAGAGCGACACAAAGCAACACUAAGACCACAACAAACCUUCACGCCGCUCACACGGACAGCUCCUCCGCUCCGGCCAGGAAGAGACAAACUGUAGAAACGUCRAGGACAUCAAAGUCCGAUGGCCACCCUUCUGAUUCUGGAUCAUCUCCCGUCAGGAGGAAGUGUUCCGGCGAGGCGGUGGAGCGGCCGCCUCCUCCAGAGACCACGAAUCAGCAGAAACGUCCGGCUCGCCUGCCUCUGCCGGCGCUCGCUCUGUUUUUAAAACAGCAUUCAUCCAAACAUAAAAAGAGCGAGGGCAAAUUGAACUCCCCUCCUCAAGCCCUGCCUCCCGAGUCCAAGGUUCCUGCUGCACCUGACCCAGACCCGAUGCUUUCAAGUGUCCUAGAACAAACUGCCCCACAGACCUCGAGUCCGCUGAACCCCGCGGCUUCGGAGCCUGAAAGUCUGAGCUCAGAACUGGAGGUGUUUCAGGACAGAGCAGAGGGUCCAUUCUGUUCUCUCACAUGUUCUACCUCAGCAGAACCUGCUCGUCUGUCCCCGCCUCUCACCGCAGUAUUAUCCACCCCGAAGACACCCGAGGAUGCCCCAGCCGGGACAGACCCAGUAAAGACCAACUCUUUGCUCUUUGACCCAGCUUGUUCUUCUUUCUGCUUUGAGCCGUUGUCUCCUGCAAGUUCUCCAGAACCGCUGCCUCCACUCCCAGAAUCCUUAUCUUUAGAAAUAGACUCCACCCCCUCUGCAGCAGCGGGCGCAGCAGAGCCUGCUCCAGCUCCAGACCGGGGCAAACCCUCUUCGGUGUUUAAGUGGCACACAGUAUUACCUCCAGCCGACACGUAUGUAGACUCCUUCACCACAUUUCAGCCGCCGCAGCAAGACCCGCCUUUCAAGUCCAUGACUCCGCCCCCGCUGCCUUGUCUCAACACGUCCACUGACGAGUCCACCGUGUCCUUUCAAGAUCCCGAGCUACCGCUGCCUUUCCCCGUGGAGCUAUCCCCCCUCACCCUGCAGCUGUCCCUGUCCCCCACCUUCUCCUCCCUGGACGAGAAUGGGCUGUCCCCGGCCCCGUCCCUCUCGGACCUCGUGCACUUUUUCUCCACUAACGUGGACAUCGGGAUCGGCGGGGGBUUUUCAGAUGCAGAGACGACGCCCACUCCCUGCCCGCCUCUGCCCGCGGCCGAAGCGCCGGCGCCUCCCCCGCAGGCGCAGCCGACCCCGAAUCCCCGCAGACCCAGCAGGAGGAAGAAGUCCAAGUCCAGAAAGCUGGCCAGGCUGGACGUGAACCAGAACAUGGACGACUACAGGAGCCUGCAGCCCAACCUGGAGGAGGUGGAGGAGCAGCUCUUUGUUUCCUUUGCUUCGAAGGAGGCCCUGAAGCUCCACGUGGCUGAGCCCAGCGAAGAGACGGCCCCUCCACCUGAGCCGGUGCCUCCGGGACCGCAGACCACCUCAGAACCUCAGAUCCACGACGGACUCAGCUCAGAGAGCCAGGAGGACCAGAUCUCCUCCUUCCAGAAGGUUCUUCUGAAAGACCUGGAGGUGAUGAAGUACAGACAGGUGAUCCACCCAGUGCUGCAGGAAGUGGGUCUGAAGAUGUCUCUGCUGGAUCCGGCUCUGCCCAUCGACCUGAAGUAUCUGGGGGUCCGGCUUCCCAUCCCACCUCCUGGAGUCAUUUCUGUGAUGCAGACUCCAGCUCUGUCGCCGUCUGAGGGUUCUGCUGCCUUUCUGUCCAGAACUGGAAAAACUACAGACGUGACUCAGAUUAAAGGCUGGAGAGAAAAAUUCACUGCGUCCGAAACAACGUCUGACUCUGUGUCCAAACCUGAAGCUGGACCCAGUUCCGACCCGCCGAAGAAGAACCUGUCGGCGUUCUGCAGCGACAUGUUGGACGAGUACCUGGAGAACGAGGCGAAGCUGAUCGACGAGCGGGCCGCCAGCUUCGCCCAGCCAUCGGUGGAACCGCCGGUCUUCAAGCUCCCGGCGAGCAGCACCAGCUACGUCCGGACCCUGGACCACAUCCUGAAGAAGCAGAGUCCUGGACCGCCUGCCCUGGACCUCAUMUCUGGGUUCAUCCCCCCAUCGAAGAGACCCCGACCCACAAAGAUCAAAACAAGCCGGAAGAUGGAGAGGAAGCUGAAGGGCCCAAAACCAAACAAAACCAGUCCGGCUCCUUGGACUCCGGGGUCAAAGGAUCCAAACAAAAUCAGUCUGGCUCCUUGGACUCAGGGGUCAAAGGAUCCAAACAAAACCAGUCUGGCUCCUUGGACUCAGGGGUCAAAGGAUCCAAACAAAACCAGUCNGGCUCCUUGGACUCAGGGGUCAAAGGAUCCAAACAAAACCAGUCCGGCUCUUUCGAUACCUGAGUCCAGUCUAGGUGCACCCAAGCUGCCUGCGGUACUGACUCCGGAUCCGCUCAACAAGACCUCAGACCCGCUCAUCAAGACCACACAACCUAAGAUCCCGCCCACUUUUAAAAGGAAAAGAAAGCCCACCACCUUAUCCCGGACCCUUAGUCCUUCCAAGACUGUGGUCCCGCUGCCCGAAGAGUUCAAGGGUCUGGCUCCGGUGGAGUCGGACUCUGAGCUGGCACCGACGCCCGAUCCGACCGAGGAGUCCUCCAAGAAGGAAAGCAGACCCAGCAUAACCCGGGCCCUGCUGAGACAGAAGGACCUGGAGGACUGCGUGGCAUUGGAGGGUCGUUUCCGAACCACCGUCACGGAGGAGAGAGCCGCCAUCGCGCUGACRUCGCUCUUCACUCAGACCGGUUUCGUGAGCGAGAACCCCACCGCCCCGAUCCAGCUGAAGUGCAGGCGAAGGUUCCCCUGCCUGAACGAGUUCUGCAGGCUCGGCUGCAUCUGUGCCAGCCUGUCCCGCAGCUCCAGGGCCAGCCACUGCGGCCGGCCCGCCUGCAUGUUCGGCUGCAGCUGCCUCAAGCAGAAGGUGGUCCUGCUCAAGAACCUGGACAGCUCCGACUCCAGCCCCACCCCGCACCACGGCAGAGUCAAGAAGAAGAAGAAGAAGAAGAAGAGGAGGAUGAAGAUGGCCUACGUCCUGAAGGAGGCAGAAACUGUGGCCCUGCCCGCCGAGCGAGUCCGGACUCUGUGGACGAGGUCCCUUGGAGACUCAGAUCCAGAGCCGGUCUUCAUCGCCAAUACGGCCCCCGAGUCCCUCCCUGUUGUCAGCCGAAAUCUGAACAGCGGCUGCGCCAGAACCCGAAGCUUCCGGAGAAAGGCUCAGAAACGGAAGGCGCCGUUAAAGGACGCGAUUCGAAUCACACGUAGAGCUGCUGGAGUUCAGAUUCAGCCGGGACCAAAACCUAGGACACCCAGUCCUCCUCUUGCAGCUAAAAAGCCUCCGGCCAGGUCCAAACCUAUGAAGCGUCUCCUCAUCAAGGCUGACUGCAGGUGGGAGAGUGACGACGACCGCACCUUUGUCGUGAAGAAGUUGGUCAACACCAUGGCCCGGGAGCAACUGACCAAACAGUUCUGGAUCCGGCACUACCUCAUCAGUCCCAUUGAUGAAACCGUGGAGGGGAGGGGUACCAGCAGGUGCAUCCAGUACAGAGUCCAGAUAACCACGCCGGGCCUGGCCAAAGCUCUGGGACCGGUCAAACCCACAACACCGGGAAAGCAGAGAAACGUCACAGCAGAAGCUCAACAGAAUCCGUACAACCAAUUAAAAUGGGUUCCCAGUGACGUGGAGCCUCCUAAUGACUGGUUGGAGGACAAGGCAGAACCUUCAGAGGACCAGCAGCAAGAUGAGACAGAGUCUGAGGAGGGCUGGCUGAACGGCGUGUUGGAGGAGACGGGGACUGUCCCUCUGGAGGACUGGCAGAAGGAGGUGAUAGAGGAGGAAGAACCUUCAGAGGACUGGCAGAAGGAGGUGAAGAAAAAGCUGGAUUUACUGGAACACUGGCAAAAGCAGCUGAAGAAAAAGCUGGUUCAGGUGGAGGACCGGCAGAAGAAGGUGAGGAAAAAGCUAGAUCCAGGGAAAGACCAGCAGAAGAAGGUGAAGAAACUGAAUCAAGUAGAGGACUUGCAGAAGGAGGAGAAGAAACUGGAUCCAGUGGAGGACCAUCAGAAGGAGGUGAAGAAACUGGAUCCAGUGGAGGACCAUCAGAAGGAGGUGAAGAAACUGGACCCAGUGGAGGACCAUCAGAAGGAGGUGAAGAAACUGGACCCAGUGGAGGACCAUCAGAAGGAGGUGAAGAAACUGGAUCCAGUGGAGGACCAUCAGAAGGAGGUGAUGAAACUGGAUCCAGUGGAGGACCAUCAGAAGGAGGUGAUGAAACUGGAUCCAGUGGAGGACUGGCAGAAAGAAAUAGAGGAGAGUGGUGAUGAGGAGGAGGAGGAAGGACAGGUGAAGGAGAGUAACUCAGAGGAUGGUAAACCAGACAAGAAGAACGAUGACGUCGGUCUGACUCGCCUGAAGGAAGUGUCUCCAGCAGACGUCCUCUCAGCCAAACAACCAGGAGGAACAGAUCACCUGGUCCAGGUAAACCCUCACACAGUACAGCCACGUACCUAUCACCUUGGUUACAAUAUCUUGAUAUAUUGCAUUGUUACAAUAUCUUGAUAUUUCGCAUUAGUU